UGUUUUCACAAGCUCUAACCAGCUUUACUUGUACUUAUUACACAGUUAAAAUAAUUUCACAUCACUAGUGAAAACAUAUACAAGCAGACAUGUGUCUUUAGAAAAAACAUUUAUUUACAUAGUGCGUAGAAACACAACAUAAAGUGACGUGAACAGUGCAAAGGUGCAGAACAAGAAAAGUGGUGUGAUUAUUUUCUGGCUUGCGCCUCCAUUACAGACACCAUGCGCCCCAUCAUACUGAGGAACGCACUGUUGUCUGCCUCCAGCUUGUGCAGCAAGGCAUCGUUCGUUUCCUUGCUGUGCUGCAGGAACCUCUCGUCCGCCCGCUCGAGUAUCCGGUGAGACAGACUACUGGAUACUCAGCACAACAACUUACCAGGUCUGGUCUGCUGCGAUUGUCCUGAGCUGCUGGAUGGUGCAGGAGAGCUGCAGUGGAGUGGAGACAUCAUGUCCUCGUCCCCGAUGGUGGACAACUCUAUAAACCACAUAAAAACAGCCAGUGUUGGGAAAGUUCACUUUCUACAUGAACUAUUUCAAAGUUCAGUGAACAAAUGUUAAAAUGAGCUCGUUCAGUUCGUAAUGAACAAUUCUGAACUAAGUUCACAGUUACAGAAAUGAACUAGUGAAUGAAACUAUGCGUCAGAUUUCAUUAUAACAUUCUACAAACAUUAACUGAAGUAGCUGGUAACGGUCACUCACUAACGGGCAUGAAAACGGGUCAGGGGUGAAAAAGGUGAGAAGGGUGUGCGAGUGGUGACGUGGGUUCUGGAGUUUUAUUUUGUUUGGGGGGUCCUCCCUCAGAAUAAAUAUUAUAGCCUCCUUACUAAGUACACUGUAUUGACAUUUGCACAAGGACAUACAGUACAAAUACAAAUUCAAAUACAUGUAGUUAUAGUGAAAUUAUGCCCUGGAAAAAAAUGCGAAUAAUAGAACGAAGAAAGUGGAGAACACACAAGGAAUAGUGAUCAUUUUUUCCUUUUAUUUGCCUGGACCACCAGUGUCUCCAUGGCCCGCUUUCACCGAGUUGCCACAUGUUUCAGCCUCGCCCGCUUCUCUCCUUCAGCAGUCGGUUUCUUGGCCUGCUGAGCACUGCAAGUUGCCUGAGAGCCAUACUUGCUCUGCUGCUGCUGCUUUUCCUCCUUGUUCACCCUCUGCUGGUGUUUGUAUGCGGCUGCUGCAGAGUUAAUGUUCUGUCCACUUCCCCAAACUUCACGUCCUCCCUUCUAAAGAGCUACAUAGCUGUCUUCCCCCUGGACAUCAGCGUGUACUUGACCGUCUGUAUUGCAUUAAAUGUUUCCACAUUCAUGUUGCCACUCCUUUGAUCAAUUACAUCAUUCAUCAGACUAAAUGAGGACUCGACUCUAGGUCCAUGAAAGAUGGAGAGGCAACACUUCACCAGUGCACCCAGGGAGGGGUACUUGUCUGGUUUGUCGAAGACAUGACCCCACAACUCCACGAUGCUCUCUCCCUCCUUGAAGCUGGGGAUGGUCAGGUCAACACUGAACCGCACAAGUUCCCUCUGGAUAUCCUGGUCUGCUGGCAAGAGGUGCCCCAGCAUACCACUCAGCCUGCCAAGAUAUGGAUGAGAAUUUGAAAUCAGUGCAAAGACAUGAGUAACAAAAAUCCCAAAGCACCUGGUAAUAUGGCAAAAAAAAAAACUUUAAAUGUUAUUCUUACCUCUUAAACUGGAUCACUGCCUGUGAGUGGCCUCUCAGAAGAGGGUCCAGAGCAGACAGGGCUGUCAGGGUUGGACUGGCCAAGGGGAGCUUCUUCUGAAGGUACACUGCAGUGGUUAUGUAGGCUUUUCUAACUUCACUAGGAAUGGCACCAACAGCUGACACAAAACACCAGUAAUAAAAAAGACCAUUCGUUCUUUUUUUUUCAAACAACUGAGAAAAAAGUCAUGCAGGUGAUGCAGGGUGCCUUACAGCAUGUUUGGGAUUCUGGCUUCUGAACUUAUCAGCUUCCUGUCCCCCAUAUACAUCCCUGGAGGGCAGCAGCAUAUGAUCCUCCAGGACCAACUCCCUAAGAGCCCUGGGAGACAGCUGUGUAAGGGAAGAACUAAAUGGGAGUAAUAACUUUCAAAAGACCCCAGGUUCCGGAGGAAAGAGGAAACAUUCAACUGAUGGCACAGACAACAGAAAAGUAAAAAAUUAUGGAUAAAAUCGAUCAACUAAUGUAGGCAGAGUGGGUGUAAGAAGAAAUUAAUUACCUCAGUAAUCUGUUCGGCCUUCACAAAGCAAGCCAAGUAGGCCAGGAACAGCUCAAGCUGCCGAUCAUGAAGUUUGUGCACCAAUGUCUGGCUACCCUGUGUGUAUGUAAAACAAAUUCUUAUAAAAUUGAUUAACUGCUAACAUUGGAUGUGCAUGCACGUGCAGUCAAGUUGCAGUAAUUCCUAGUACAACUAUGACCCACCUGGAAAACCAUGACAUACUCUUUGAGAAUAGCAAGAACACCCAUGUAGAUGCUGAGCCGUAGGACUGUCGUCUCCUCAUGCCACAACUUCUGACAUACCCUCCUUUUUCUCUCACGGCCUUGUGGGGUCAUGCCUGUGAAAGAUGAAUUAAUGUAAGUGAAAACCACAAUACAUACUCCUACUGAUUAGGAACUUCACAACAAGUAUUGUGCUAAUUAUUAUAAGGGAUUGGAACAUCAAGUCUCAUCACCUUUCCUGCUGAGUUUCUCCUGAACCUUCUUGAUUCUGGCUCUUGCAGUCAGAUUGACAUGGUACUUGGUGUACAUCAAUUCCAAAGGCUCCCUAUACAGCUCCUUAUCCACAGUGGAGAGGUAUCCAUAAUAGAGGACUUUGUACGCAGGCGUCAUGGCAUGGGUUGCCACGCUGGCAUCAUAUGCAGACAGCCAGCGAUGAGGAACAAAGCCCCUCUGUGUGCUGGAGGCGGGGAGAUUUAAUAUCAUGGCUAUCUCCUCGAGGUACAUUACCUGACAAAAGGCAGAAAAAGAUUUUGAAAGAAACAAAGACAUUCUACACAUUCCAUAGUUUCAUCACAGUACAUUACAGCAGGGUCAGCAGCUGUGGUCUAGACUAGAGCUGACAAAUUCAGGUUGUACCAAAUUCACAUGGGUGCAGUGUUAGAGGACGGCAAAGCGUUGUAGUGUCAAAUUUGCUUAGCAUUUUGCUUACCUGGUCUGGACUCCACUGAUGGUCAACCUGGAGAUCACUGAACAGCUUCUCCAAGUAGCUGUCAAAGGGCUCUGAGAAUUUUUUUGCAGCAUUGUGAAUAUGACGGCAGGAGUCUCCAUCAUAUGGAGGAUGAAUUGUGACACGGAUAAUUAUUUAAAUAAACCUUUAAAUAAAUAAUAAAAUGUUUCAUUAAUUUAUUAAAAGUUGAAUUAAAUGUUUAAAAUUGAAAAUAAAUACAUAAAUAAUUAAUUUAAUCCCGAUUUAUAUCAUGUAAAUAAAUAUAUAUAUAUAUAUAUAUAUGUGUGUGUGUAACCAGGUGGUAAUAGAUAAAUUUAUAAAUGUGUAUGUGUAUGGUUACAGUGUGAUGAAUGCCAAAUUCGAAGUGUAUCAAUGUCCAGAGAGAAUUGUGGGAGGGUAUCCUGUAGGUGGCAGUAUUUGACCAUUUUAUUUGAUGAGGUUGAAACGUACAUGGAGUUUGGAAUGAAGUUUGAGCGGUUUUGCUUGCCGUACUUAGUUUUUGACCAGAAUGCGCUGUACUAAAAUGUGUUUCAACGAAGUUGCACUAUAAGUAUGUUUUUCUUAUUUUAUAAGUUGCUUGUUACACAAGUCCUCAUCAAAACUGAAGAUGUGUAACAUGAUGUUUGGGAUAUGAGAUCAACAAGUUAUUAGAGACUGUAUAAACUGCGAUGUUUCAAGAUUGUUCGUGAUGUGUGAAGAUUCCUCCAGCAACGUGGGCUGUACCUGUUAGGAUAACGAAACCUGCAAGCCUACUGCCGUAUUGUUUGUAUAUAAGUUUGAACUCUUUAGCUACAGUCUACAGCCGUGAGUGAAGAAUGGAUGCGGCCCAAGACGUGUUGUAGUCUAGUUAUUUUGCACCUAUGCUUGAAAAUAAAACUUACUGAAAACCCCAGAAGAACUGUGUCCUGUGUGGUUCUAAUUCCACAGGCUACACAUAUAUAUAUAUAUUUCUCUCGCUAUUUAAUUAAUUAUUGCAUUCUGUUUAUUUAAUUAUUUCAUUGCCCUGUGUUCCACCACAUCAUGAAAUAAUUAAAUCUGUCAACCUCACCCAUCAAAGUCUGUGGGCGUAUCCUAACACCUGAUUGGUUGCCCUGCAUAUCAAGUCUUGGCAGAUCGAUUGCAGAGAUGAUGAUCACUGCCUGUACAGAACACACUGGGAAACAAAACUAUUGCAAUACACUGGGUGGCGCUGUUCGUUUCGCCAGAGCACUCGUGGACACACAAUCUAGCGUCAACUGCUGGCGCCAUAAACAGACAGUGGGAUGCUGUGCUGUUAAACUGUGCAUAUGAAAACGGAAGAAAAUGCGCAAAAGUUGCCCAGAGCUUCUGAGGGAAGCAGCCAGUUUAAUAGAAGAAGCCCUACGAUGUCCUCCAGCUGUGUCCGGAACAUCCUCACAUGACCCUGCUGCCGCGCCACGAACACCCGUUCAGGCCGAAGUAGCGAGACUAUUGGCGCCUUACGCCAGAACAAGCAUGGCAAGACGACCAGGAGUCCAAGCUACUCCUAGAAGAAAUUACAGCUACACACACAUGUUCUGCUGUGUGGCUGACCACCGCACCGACACAGUCCCGAGCGGAGGAGUGAAAGCAGACCUUCUCGCCGCAGGACUGGGAGAGCAGAGAGUGACAUUUUCAGGGAAUCCCAGUGAUCCUAUGGUUAUAACGAAUAAACUGAUGGAAGUUUAUCCAAAGCUGCAAGAAGGAGGAGGCUUUGAACUUCUUAAAAUUACAGGGCCAACUCGCAGCCGAAGUCUUGCAUUACUGCCAUGUCCCAGCACAGGAUACACCUUAGCCUUUUUGAAGGAUCCAUCAACGAUGAUUGGACAGGCCACACUCUACAUACGUCCACUACAACAGGAUCUACCCUUAGACUGUGAGAGGCCAUGUCAUACCUCUGGUCCUGCCAUACCUUGCAUCACUUGUCAGAAGGAGGUUAUUUUUUCUGAGAUGAAGUGUCACAGAUUGACCUGCAAUGAGGCACCAGUGCAGGAUUCAGAGAGAGAUCAAGAGGGAGGCCCAAAAGAAGAUAAUGGAGAGACCCCAGUCAGUGACGAUGUUGAAGUGCCUGGACCAUCGGUUGAGAAUGCAGUAAAACCAGUAGUGAUUGACUUGGAGGAGUGUGAUUACAAUGAAACAGACAAUGAUUGGAAACUUAUUAAAGAGCCAGCUCGAGCGGCUAAAGUUUUUAAAGAGAAUCUUCUAAGGGAGCACGCCAAUGGGGAAACACUUAAGAUGAAGAUGGAUGUUCGAGACUCAGAAGAGGAGCGGGAACAACAGCUUCUGUCAUUCUACAAGCAGCAGCAGAAGUGGGCAUGUCCACUCAACUGUACUCUUGCUGGUGAUGCUGCUGUUGGAGAGGGAGUGAUGAGGUUCUUCAUGACAACAAUAAUAUCCAAACUCCAGUUUGGAUUCAGUCUAGGGGAGGAAUAGGCCGAACACUAUUAUUUGAGUGAGAACCUGACCAUCUUGUACCAGCAGCAUCAGAGGCACUCAUUGAAAGCAACCUCUUCAGGGUUGCAGGCAGGAUGUUGGCCCACAGCUUUCUGCAUGAUGGCCCCCUUGUCACAGGGUUAAGUCCUGCUGUGAUUCAUGUGCUUUUCAAUGGAGACCCCAAAGUGGCAACGGUUGUUAUUGAAGACUGCCCUGAUCUACACAUCAGGAAUAUCAUAAAACUGCUUGAUAAAGAAGAACUUACACCUGAAGAGAAGGACACUAUUUCAGCUCUCUGCAUGUCCUGGGACCUCCCAGCAGUCACAAGAACAAACAGGAGAUGGCUGCAAAACAAACUUCUCCAUGCAGUCAUUGGUAGGAUUACACGGCAGAUAAAACAACUGAUAAAGGGCCUUAAAGACGUAAUGCUCUGGCCGCUUCUCUCCUCAAGGCCAGAUGUGGUCCAACUGAUGUUCCUCAGAAUGUCUGAAAUUGAGUUCACACCCCAGAUAAUCCUACAGAAAAUCACUUGGCCUGUGGAGGAGGACAGUGAUGAUGAGGACUUUGACCUGGAGAGCACGUGCCGAAUCACAGGGUUCCUGAGAACGUUCGUGGAAGCUGCUUCAUCAGGUACCCUGUCUCAAUUGGUGAGGUUCUGGGUUGGUUGGGAGAGGCUUCCUGCUGAAUUAAGGGUGGAGAUUUCAGGCGGGACCCUUCCCACCUCUGCCACCUGCUUCGAAACACUCAAGCUGCCACGUCAUUUCACAACAUAGUGACUUUUUGAAAAAGCACUUACCUCUGCCAUAAAUACUGCAGACACAGGAUUUGGACUAGUUUGUUUGUACUGUUUUAAAGCGGUCAUUGCAUGCAGUAAUCCAUGUCAGCUCAUCUCACUUAAGUUCAAAGGUGUUAAAUUGUGUUAACAUUUUUCCGAAACCCUGAAGUUGUUAAAGAAAAGAUGCAGUAGUUCAGGAGUGUGUGUGCAUUUGUGUGACUGUUUUCAAAGCGUUUUUUAAACAUUAAACGAAAGCAGUAAAACUAGUAUUUUUGUCUUUACAGCAUGUGAAUUUUGUGCCGGUGUAACAUGCUGAAUAAAUCUGAAG